CUGAGGACGCGCCCGAUGGAAGAUUCCCUAACUCCCCACGGGCUGUGCUAUUAUGAUUGGACUAGACCCCUAACACCGCCUGCAACAAAUCGCCAUUUGAAGAACGUCACACCAAAAACCAAUGGUUCCAAUAUAACACAAACAGCAUCAACAAAACCUACAACUAUUAUUAAUAAGAACAAUAAUACAACUACCGAUGAUUUGGUAGCAGACUCAAAGCGGGUCAACAAUAAAUUGGAAAUCACUGAGAAUUUAGUUCAAAAAUAUGACAACAACAAUGAUUUAGCAUCAUCGCCAACCGCGGCCACUGUCGUUACAAACUUUGAUGAAUCAACCGUACAAUCUUUAGCACUACGAUUGCAAAAUGAAUUGCGACGAGCAAAAAGUCAACAUUUGGCUUGUACCGAAGUAUUAUUACCAUCUGAUUUGCUAAAUCGUAUUGCAUCGAAAUUGAUUGUAAUGUCAGAAAAGGAACCGUGCGGUAUUCGUGGUUCAAUCAUUUACAUCGAAUUUGAAGACGAACCAAAUAACACAAGCAGAAGAAUAGCAUCACUUCAAUUAGACCCAAACACAGUUUCAACUUUCGAAUUGUAUCUCACCUUGAAGCAGGAUCGAAGUGGAUGGACGUCAAUUCUGCCACAAUUUUUAAAGUAAGCGCACUGCAAUUAUGUUCCAUAAGAGACUGUAUAAAAUGCAAAACUAUAGCACAGCUAGCGCCACUACGGACAACUAUGGAGUUCUAGGCAGUUGUUUGUAACUGAGCAAAAGUCUUUUCACUAGUUGGCGGCAACUUAGUAUAGAUUGCAUUGAAUUCCAUCGUGGCGCUAGCUGUGUGACACUUUGAGCAUAAUUUCGGUACGAAAGUAA